AUGGAGGACAUCAAAGAGAGGGUGAAGAAAGUAGAACUCAGACAGAAGGACACAUGGGAUCCGUUCCAGCUGAACCCUGUUGGAGCAGAGAAGGAACGUACGAGGCGAUGUUUCCAGGUGGCCCAGUACCUGGUGGCAGCCAUUGUGGGGUUAGCGGUCCUGGGCACUGCCAUGAUCUCUAAGGGUUCUCUGGUGGUCUUGGCCGCUCUGGCCAGUCCUGAUUCACUUCGCCCCCAAAAGGAUCAACAGUUCUACCUGCUGAUGCUGGUCUUCUGCUUGGUCUGCCCCAACUUCCUGGUCUUCCUGAAAUCACUGUGGAGAUGUACCUUCAAGAACUUUGUUCACCCCAACAUGAAGACCAUGGCAUUUAUCUGUGUCAUUGAGUGUCUGGUGUCUUUCGGCACCUCGGUUCUGGUGCUGGUCGUCAUGCCUCAGUUUGACGUGCUGACUAAUCUCUUCAUCAGCGGCGGCGUCUGCAUUGUGUCCGCAGUGCUGCAGAUAGGAUUCAGACUGCAGAGCGAAAGUUGGAAAAUUGUGUUUCCAAUCUGCUCCCUCAUUCUCACAGUCGCAGGUUACAUCCUCCUGGGACUGGACUACUACGUGCGUCAAGCAACAGCAAUGGACAGCAGCGACCGCUACAUGUAUGUGGGAGUGGGAAUCGGCUCCUCGCUCCUGGUCUCCCUCUGCUGGUGGGAGAAUUCUCUGCAGGCCACUAAUCACAUGAAGGAAACAUUGUCAGAAUUGGACGGUUUCAGGGACUUUGUGUUUGUCAUCAGCAGUAUUCUGAGGAUAACCGUGAUAGGAGGAGUAUACCUGAUCUACCAUAAGUUGAUUGUAGACACAAUCAUCUGGGAAGACUUCACCCUGCAGGAUGACGACUGGCAACUCCUGCAAAUAGGACUGCUGCUGUUCUUCUUACAGGCCUUCUGCUCAGCGGCCUGCCACUGGUUUGGGGUGGUGGCCUGUAAGAUCCACGCUGUGAGGAUGGGCUUUGCCCUUCCGGUGUGUCUCACAGGCCCUGCAGUGCUGCUGGUGGGAAUCAUGAUUUUCAUCACCCAGACAGACAAUCCGGUUGGCGCAGCGCACGGAAACAUCACAGUCUUUUGUCGAAGCUUGCACUUAGUGAAUCACAACAAUACAUCCAUAGUGUUGCUUGAGAUCAGCAACAGCAUCUGUCGAACUUCACUUUACAACAACUACUAUCAAUGGCCGUUUUCCCUCUUGGCACUGGAGGGACUUUGCAUGUGGUCAGGCUUCGUGACGUGCACAUACUACGUGUGGAAGAUCAAGGUCCAGCGUAUAGAGAGAACAUCGCAGCUCUUUGUUCGUCGACUCUAUGAGUCUUCUUUCAUUGACCUGUCUUUACUGCUCAACACCAAGAUGAAGGUCCCAAAAGCAGUGAACCAUAGCAGCAAAGACGAGAUACAGAACUGUGUGAUCUACCUCUGUGCCACCAUGUGGCAUGAGACCUACGACGAGAUGCUGAAGAUCCUCACCUCCAUGUUCAGGCUGGACCGCUACCGAGGCGAUCCAAAGGAGGAACAUAAAGACUGCUUCGACUUUGAGUGUCACAUCUAUGUGGACGAUGCCUUCAUGACUGAAAAGGACACUGAAAAGCGGCUCGUUAAUGAGUAUGUUAAAGAUUUAAUCCAAGUUGUCAUCGAGGUUUACAGGGUGUAUACCAACAAAGAGCCGGAUGAUGUCUCCAUUAUUGACACUCCCUAUGGGGGCAGGUUGAUGUUUGUUAUGCCAGAAGGAAACAUGCUCUAUAUUCACCUCAAAGACAAAAGUCUCAUCAGGAACAAAAAAAGAUGGUCCCAGGUCAUGUACAUGUAUUAUCUUCUGGGCUGGAAGGGCUACCUCGUGAAAAACCCUCACAAGAUCCCACACCAUUCAAAUGAACAAAGGUCCAGUUUAAUCUCUCUGGACGGUGAGAUUUUCUUGUGUCCUCAGUAUGACAACGACAAUAAGAGAAAAUUCAUCUCAGAUGAAAACACAUACAUUUUGGCUCUGGAUGGAGACACUGACUUUCACCCUAAGGCUGUGAUUCUGCUUGUUGACAGAUUGAGGAUGUAUGACAAUGUGGGUGCAGCAUGUGGUAGAAUACAUCCACUUGGGAUGGGUCCCAUGGUGUGGUACCAGAAGUUUGAGUAUGCGGUCGGCCACUGGUUGCAAAAGACGGCGGAGCACGUGUUCGGCUCUGUGCUCUGCAGUCCGGGAUGCUUCAGUCUGUUUCGGGGUUCUGCGAUAAUGGACGACAACGUUUUAAAGAGGUACACGGCAAAAUCCACAAGAGCUUCGGAAUAUGUGCAGUAUGACCAAGGGGAGGAUCGUUGGCUGUGCACUUUGUUACUGCAGCAAGGGUGGCGCGUUGAGUACAACGCUGCAUCAGAUGCCUACACCAACUCUCCUCAGGAAUUCGAAGAGUUUUACAACCAGAGGAGAAGAUGGGGGCCUUCAACGCUGGCAAAUACCCUGGACCUUCUGCACAGUAGUGUGGAAACCGUGAAAAGAAACUCAUCCAUAUCCAGACUGUACAUCAUCUACCAGAUGUUGUCUGUUGGAUCUUCUAUCCUGGGGCCAGCCUCUGUUACACUCAUGAUAGCAAGUGCUUUCCAGUUUAUCUUUACUCUCAGUGGUGAACUUUCAAUCGUCAUUGCCAGCAUUCCUCCCGUCAUCUACAUCAUCAUUUGUUUCCUCACCAAGUCAAGCACCCAGUUAUUAAUCGCUGCUCUCUUGAGUAUUUUGUACGCGUUCCUCAUGACCGCGGCCCUUUUUUCCAUCAUUGGGGACAUUGUGGUUCAGGGCACCUUCUUGACCCCCACUGGCCUUUUUUUGGUUUCCAUGGCGAUAAUGUACACAGUGACAGCUUUACUGCACCCAGAGGAAUUUGGAAUGAUCAUCUAUGGUCUGAUGUAUUUCAUCUGCAUCCCCAGCGGAUACCUCUUGCUCACCAUCUACUCACUGGUGAACAUGCACGUUGUGUCCUGGGGCACCAGAGAAUCCAACAAGGGAGAGGAACAGGUGAAGAAAAAUCACAAUAUUCUGUGUGACAAAAAGUGCAAACUGUGCUGCUGGGACAUGAAGAUACAGGUUUCUCAAGAAACAGAAAAUCCGAUGCUUCAAAAAAUCACAGGUCAGGCAGUGACGCAGGCCCCGCCCACUGCAGCCGACAGCAGUGAAGCUGCUCCUCAAGAACUGUCCAGCCUGAUGCCCCAGAGAGGAGUCUCCAUCAAAAGACAUGCGGCAGAAGUUGACAAAUAUCAAGGGGAGAGCUCGAAUACGAGGACGGGGAGUGGAAGCGACAAAUACAGCGAGGAUGAGGAUGAGGAUGACGACGAAUCUCUCAUCGAUCCUGCAGAUGGAACGGAGCAGGUGCCUGUCAGAGACUGGGUGAAUCCAGUGAAAGCGGAGUUUCUGAAGAAAUUAACUUACGCCAACAUGAAGAGAAAUCUCAAAGAGCAGAUACGAUACUCACUCCGAAACAAGAAUCAUGAAGAUGUGUGUGAGGAGUUAGUCCAGGUGUUAACAGAAACACUAAACACACAGCUGAAUGGCGUGGGGCCGGAAAACGUCCCGUCAGAGGUCGAGCUGGAGGAGUUACAGUACGCCCUGAAUAAGCAGGCUCGAUGCAUCCUCAAGACCAAUCAAGUGGAGAGAUUAGAGAAGAGAGUCAAGAUCGCCAUUGAGAAAACACUCACUGCCCCGCAACUGAAAAAACUAGAUGAGGGUGAGCUGGACUUCUGGCACAAGUUACUGGAGCGCUAUUUAGAACCCAUCAUUGACGACAAAGCGCAUAAGGAGGAGGUGACCAGAGAACUGAAGUCCCUCCGCAACAAGGCCGUCUUCCUGUAUUUCAUCAUCAACGUGUUGUGGGUGGUCGCCACAUUCUUCCUGCAAAUCAUCGGCUCUGAGGUUAUCAACAUCGAAAUACCAAAAUACUUCCCCAACGGGACGCGGUCAGAUGAGAACCUCAGGGUGGAACCGCUCAGCUUGAUGUUCCUGUUCUCAUUUGCUUUUCUUCUCCUUGUCCAGUUUCUGGCUAUGUUAUAUCACAGGGUCUACACUCUGAUCCAUGUGGUGUCCUAUCGCAGCACAGAAAAAGACUACAAAGACAGGAGUGAGGAUGAUGAGGAGGAUGAAGGCCUUCACAUUGAGAACCAAAUGGCCAGACAACUUGCCAUUUCCGAGGAUGAUAUGUUCGUUUUGUAG